AUGUCUUUGCAGUCCUCUAAGAGCGAUAGUACUCGGGCUCUAACCCCAGAUAUCAGUGAUAGUGAUGAUGGUGAUUUGAGCGAUGGUACAGUUGAUCGUCAAUUAUCGUCCAAGAUUUUACCCGCGAAAACUAAGUUCGAUUUCUCCGUCGUUGACGUCUUCACUCGAACUCCUGGAAAGGGUUGCCGAAUUGCAAUGAUUGCUCUCGAUGUAGGUAAAGCUGAAUUCCUUUUACAUCUUGAGAGAAAAUUGCUCGUCGAACGCUACGAUUGUCCAGCUGUUAUUUUAUAUGCGAAUGGUGAGGGGAUGUCUGACUUCUUUAUUGAAAAUCGCUGCAAAGAUGAUGCCGAAACAAAUUCGGAACCAUUCGAGACAUCACAGGUUGUUCUUGCACUGAAUUAUCUUUUCAACAAGGCAGAAGCAGACGACAAGGUACAAAAAAUGGGUAAACAUACUCGGAAAUUUCUAGGUGGUGCUAAAGAUUUUGUGUUUAUAAAUUAUCCUCAACAGCAUUAUGUACAACUAGAAAAGCGUCGGGUAGAUGAUUGGUUCGAAAUAAUACCAUAUCGAGCAAGAUCCGACACGCCGUUCAAAGAUAGGACGAUGGGAUAUAGGAGAGUGCAUCUUUCAAAUUCGACGAUAAUCGAUUCCAACUUCGCGGACGAGUUAAGGAAAGAUAUUUCCAGGAAUCCUGUUUUUGUCUAUCAAGUUGGAGGUAUUGGAUUCACUCUCAUAAAUCUGUAUACAAUCCACAAUUUCAACCACAUAACUAGUGGAAUGCCAGACGCUUUGGUAGAGCAAGAAUUUUCAGCCAAUAAUGAUGACGAAAAUCGUUUUAAAGGAUACAAAGCUGGUACAAUAUUCUUCUAUAUUUCACCACGAUUGUGUGAAGAAAGAACAAACAAUGAAAAGAACAAUGAGCUGCUAUACGAUCUUUAUGAAGUACACGCAAAAGUUGUGGCCCCCCUUCCGGAUGACCCAAGUAUUGGCGCCGCAGCAACCACACUUGCAGCAAACCUUGCAUUAUACUUAUCUGAGCACGACAUUAUGUAUAAGGAAAAUCACGAAAGAGAAUUGAACAUUGGCGAUCACAGGAUAUCGAUGUUCUUGAUGCGGUUGGACAGUGUCAACAGUACCAAAAAUCAAGAAUGUCGUAUUGAGGUUGUGGUGGAGACAGAGGUUGAUGCACUGUUGAAGAUCAAGAUUAUCGGACUCAAGUUCGGAGCUCCAAUCACAUUGGUGAAACGCCAAAUCGUGGAAGUGUCUCGUCGAUUUCUGAAUGAGGAUUUUAACUUAUGGAGUGCUGGCUUUAGACGUGCUGGUGAGGUGGAUGAUUACUUUGGACCUGUUAAUUUCUAA